UCCUGGAGUAGUCAUUCGUGUCCCUUAUAUUUGGGUUAAUUCUAACUCUCCUAGUGUACUUAUAAUUGAUGCCUUGUUAAUAAACAGAGAGGCCAUGACAGUUGACACGAAACUGGAAACAGCACUGCAAAAGAAGUACGAUUCAGAGAGGAGCCAAAACGAGGAACUAGCUUUGCAGUUAGCAAAGCUAGAAGAAAGUAAAAUUACUGAAAUGAAGGCACUAGAGGAAACACAUAUAUCUCAACUGACAGCCUUCAAAACCAAGAUAAAAGGAAUGCAGGCAGAGAUCUCCAAACUUAGGGAUGAGAAAGACGAACAAGAUACCGAGAUAUCUGACUUAACACGUCAUGUGGUCGAGUCCAACAGAGACUGUGCUCAGUUGACUGACCAAGUUUCUAACCUGCUUAACAAACUGCAGAUUGUUGAGCAGAGCACCUCUGUAUCAUAAGAUUUAAUAAACUAAUUAUAAAUUAGCAAUUAAUAGUUAAAUGCCUUAUUAUACUUUACUUUAGCGAGUUCAGUAAAUGUUAAGCAAGUUCACCUUAUUGAUAACUUUUGGUUUGAACACAUCACUGGGAACACAUCACUGGUAACAGAUUUCUCUUUGUAUUUCGAAUUUGAUUUUAGUACCACUGAUCUGACGUUAUCUACAUUAUUAUAUUGUAUAUAGAUAAUUUUUGUAAAACUUGUAAAAAACUUGUAAACCUUGUACCCAGCAUGCUGAUCUCAUGCACAUUUUCAGGAGGGAUUUAAAACCUUGGCACGCAAAAAUUUGUAAAACUAAUAAUAUUUUAAAAUUAAUAUUUAUUAGGCGUUCUUUUAUAAUGUAGGUAUUCAUGACAUUAGCUGCAAUUAUAUAAAGAAGGGCUAACAAACCUUUGUCAUUUUAUUGUUAGAAUUUAGCCUCAUCCAAAGCUUAGACAACAAGUGAAUAAAACAAUAACUGUCACAGAAGAAAUAGAUCAUGUUUUAAAUGUAUUGUUUCAUAUAUUUGAAUUCAUAUUUUGAAAACAUUUUAGCAGGUAAUUUAUAAAUUAAUUUGUAUUCCCCCAUAUGCACAGGAAUUUUUUACUACGAGUGUCCUUCAGCUUCAAUUGCUUAUAUUAGAUUAAAUUUUUCAAAACUAUCUUAAGCUAUCCUGUCAAAUGGCAUCCCAUCCCUAGGAGAUGGCCCAAAGUUUUGCAAUCGAUUAAAAUAGCCAUAACUAGGCUGUUAUUAUUAUCCUAUGUUAAUUAUCCUGAUGUUUGUAAUUCUUCUGAUUACAUCUUCAUGUGUAACAAUUUCACAGGUAAAAAUGAGUAAAGUGAAAUGGUUGGCAGACAAUGAAAAGUCCGUUCUUGUCAACAACUUUGAAAAGCGAGGUUGGAUAAGGGGUACCUCAGAAGAGGAGGACUGGAACUUCUUUUGGACGAGCGUGCAAACAACCCGUUGUAUAUUCAACCUUGACAGUGGCUACCGUCUCGGUGAUGAUCAGUUAAUCAAUCAUUUUCCCAAUCAUUAUGAGCUCACCAGGAAAGAUUUAUUGGUCAAGAAUAUCAAAAGAUAUAGGAAAGAACUUGAAAAAGAAAACAGUCCUUUGACAGAGAAAGACGAAAAUUGUCGAUACAUGCAUCUAGAUUUCAUUCCUGUCACUUAUAUCUUACCUGCAGAUUACAACAUUUUUGUCGAAGAAUUCAGAAAAAAUCCUACUAGCACCUGGAUUAUGAAGCCUAAUGCCAAAGCUCGAGGCAUUGGAAUUUUUCUGAUCAAUAAAUUGUCUCAAUUGAAGAAGUGGUCUAGAGAUAGUCGACAGAUGGGCCAUAAUCCAAAAGACACGUACGUAAUAUCAAAAUAUAUUGAUAACCCUCAUCUAAUCGGUGGUAAAAAGUACGACUUGCGACUCUAUGUAUUGGUAACAUCAUACCGACCAUUGAAAGCAUUCAUCUACCAACUGGGAUUUUGUCGUUUUUGUACAGUGAAAUACAACAGUGCAGUUUCAGAACUUGACAACAUGUUUGUUCACUUGACCAAUGUAUCAAUACAGAAACAUGGAGAUGAUUACAAUGAUAAACAUGGAGGUAAGUGGACAGUUCACAACUUGCAAAUGUACUUGGAGCAUACACACGGCAAAGAGGUUACUGAUAGGGUGUUUGAUGAAAUAAACUGGAUUAUUGUCCACAGUUUGAAAGCAGUUCAAGGGGUCAUGGCAAGUGACAAGCAUUGUUUUGAAUGUUAUGGUUAUGAUGUGAUAAUUGAUGAGAACAUGAAGCCUUGGUUGAUAGAGGUGAAUGCAUCACCCUCACUAACCAGUACGACUGCUGCUGAUCGUAUCAUGAAAUACACUCUAAUUGAUGAUGUUUUAAAGGUAAUCUGCCCUAAUGGGGAGAUACCGGACGCCAGAUGGAACAAGGUCCCUCCGAAAGAUAGCAUGGGUCACUUUGAUCUGCUGAUAGAUGAGGAGCUGGCUGCUCAGGAUCAGCACGAGAACAAGAGUAGAAGUGUGAGCGGUAGACUCCCUCGGACAAGGCCACAACAACAGUGGAAAUAGAAGGAUUUGUUUGGGUUUUGUUUUAGAUAAAUUCACCAUUUUGACAGGGUAACACUGGAUAUGGGAUAGAUAAUUUCAGAGAUAUUGACUUUUGAUAAUUCUGACUAUGCUAAGCACUAAAAUGAUGAUGUCAAAUUGAUUGAAAUUUGCAUCGUCAAUUCUUUAAUCAUGACGUAAAUUCCGAUUCUAUGAAGUUACUAUAGAACUGUGAAGAGCAACUGUACAGAUGUAUAUUAUAAUUUACUUAUUUGACUAA